GUUUGCGGGAUGCUGAUGCUCCACUGGCCAAGCUGGGAGGAAAAAAAAAGAAGAAGAAAGGCAGGGCAGGGAGAAUCGAGGACAGCCGGCCUAGGCAGGCCAGGAGUGCCAUUGCCCCGGUGGUGGGAGCUGGGAGACCCCCGUGCUUGGACGGGCCAGGGUCGGGGGACACGCAGGAUGAGCCCCGCGACCACUGGCACAUUCUUGCUGACAGCAUUUUUAUUAAGCUAUGCUGAUGGCAUAAAUGGAACAGUUUACUGGAAGACCAAACAGGCCAACAAUUUUAUUAUCAGCAGGAAAAUGGCUACUGGGAAGAAAGAUGUGUACACUAUUUUCUCUAAGGUGCACUCGGAUCGCAACGUGUACCCAUCCGCAGGUGUCCUCUUUGUGCAUGUCUUGGAAAGAGAGUAUUUUAAGGGGGAAUUUCCACCUUACCCAAAACCUGGCGAGAUUAGUAAUGAUCCUAUAACAUUUAACACAAAUUUAAUGGGUUACCCGGACCGACCUGGAUGGCUCCGCUAUAUCCAGAGGACACCCUACAGCGAUGGAGUCCUGUACGGGUCUCCAACAGCUGAAAAUGUGGGGAAACCGACUAUCAUUGAGAUAACUGCCUACAAUAGGCGCACCUUUGAGACUGCAAGGCAUAAUUUGAUAAUUAAUAUAAUGUCAGCAGAAGACUUCCCGUUGCCAUAUCAGGCAGAAUUCUUCAUAAAAAAUAUGAACGUGGAAGAGAUGUUGGCCAGUGAGGUUCUUGGAGACUUUCUUGGGGCAGUGAAAAAUGUGUGGCAGCCAGAGCGACUGAAUGCCAUCAACAUCACGUCGGCUCUGGACAGGGGUGGCCGUGUGCCGCUUCCCAUCAACAACAUGAAGGAGGGUGUUUAUGUCAUGGUUGGUGCCGAUGUUCCAUUUUCUUCUUGUUUACGAGAAGUUGAAAAUCCACAGAACCAGUUGAGAUGCAGUCAAGAAAUGGAACCUGUUAUAACAUGUGAUAAAAAAUUUCGUACUCAGUUUUACAUCGAUUGGUGCAAAAUUUCUUUGGUUGAUAAAACAAAGCAAGUGUCCACCUUUCAGGAAGUGAUUCGUGGAGAGGGGAUUUUACCUGAUGGUGGGGAAUACCAACCCCCUUCGGAAUCUCUGAAAAGCAGGGACUAUUAUACGGAUUUCCUGAUUACCCUGGCUGUGCCCUCGGCAGUAGCGCUGGUCCUUUUUGUAAUACUUGCUUAUAUCAUGUGCUGCCGACGGGAAGGAGUGGAAAAGAGAAACAUGCAAACACCAGACAUUCAACUGGUCCACCACAGUGCUAUUCAGAAAUCUACUAAGGAACUUCGAGACAUGUCCAAGAAUAGAGAAAUCGCGUGGCCCCUGUCCACGCUGCCCGUGUUCCACCCUGUCACAGGGGAGAUCCUGCCUCCUCUGCACACAGACAACUAUGACGGCACUAACAUGCCCUUGAUGGAGACACAGCAGAACUUGCCACACCCGACUCAGAUUCCCCAACAGCAGACCACAGGUAAAUGGUAUCCCUGAAGAAAGAAAGCUGACUGAAGCAAUGAACUUAUAAUCAGAUAAAAUAGCAGUUAUCUUGUGUGUCUGUUCCCUUCCUAUAAUGCAUGAGCUUUUCUGGGCUGUGGUAUGCAUGCUGACAGUUUUAAGUGUGUACCAAAUAGUAAUAAUACAACAUAGCUUUGAUUUUACUAAUGUUUUCUUUUGUACUUAAAGCAUUUUUGAGAAUUUGUAAAAUAUCAUCGACUUUAUAUUUGUUACAAUCAAAGUGAUCUUUAAAAUAAAUAUUAUUAAUGAAU